AUGACGAGUUUGGUGGAAUUGAAGCCUGGCCAGGCACAAUUAUUCUCCUCCUUUCAACCUUCUCUUGCCCCAGGGGAUUACAAAGUAACAGUCACGCAGGAGGUCAUCGUGCAGGAUGGGGAAGGGAGGAAGACUCUCUCUACAGAUAAGAAGUUCAGAGUCGAAGGACCAAGUCAAUAUCAACUCCCUGCUGGCUCAAUCCACUCCAUUUACCCUGGAGAAGGAGAGUCUGUGCCUUCCAAAGUAUUGCCUCAAGUCACGCUCAAUGACCCUCAUAUACCAUGGGAGCUGAAUCCAGACAACGAUCAAGACAUCUCCAAAAAGCAUCUCGAUGGAUCGCUUAUACCAUGGUUUGCUCUGCUGGUCUUUACGGAAGAUGAGAUCAAGACUUUCCCCACCAUGGAGGCAAGACCUGCGCCAUCUCCAACUCUGUCACUUCGUUUGAGUAAGAAGCAGGUCAAAGAGUUGAAGUCUUCAUCCACUCGAGUCCCAUUAUCCAGCCAAGACCUCGAUACAAAUUUGGAUGAUGGCAUCAAUACUGUUUUCCUUAGCUCGUCGGCAUUCCGGGCGUAUUUCUCCAAGCAGAUGGGUGACCGUGAAGUUGAGCCAGCCAUUGCGCGGUACUCAUAUUUAUCGCAUAUCCGACGAUCACGCUCUACAAAACCACGCGAUUCGACCACAGAUACUUUCAGCAUUGCUCUAGGUCACCGAUCUGGCCCAUUGGAUAUUGAAUCUCCUACCACUGCAUAUGCCCAUCUUGUUUCUCUCAUGGGAGUCCCAGGCUUGAGUAUGCCCGGCGAGUCCGACCUGACAGCUCUGGUCUCACUGUACUCGUGGUCGUUCACAUGGGUAAAAGGAAAUGACGCUGAAAUUAAAGAUCAAUGGCUUAGACGACGUCUGGAAGCUGGCUACACCAUGGUCAAACACCGGACCCAAACGGGAGAGCAGACUGCAGCUCUCUUUCGGGGUCCGCUGAUACCUCAGCAACCUCGAGGAGAUGAGCUGGACAAUGCUGAAGCAUCAGGUCAUGGUUCCGGGUUGCAAAUCAUCGACAAAACAACUGGUAUCAUCGACAUCACGUACUCGGCUGCAUGGAGUCUUGGCCGAUCGUUGGCGAUAGAGAAUUCGGCAUUCACCAUGGCUAUAUCUGCAUUACGGAUGAAGAUCGCUCAACUACAGCGAAAAGGUUCAUCGGGAGCAUUCUUGGGUGGAAACUCUGAGGCUCCGCAGGAAAAUACCCUGCCUGACUGGUAUGAGAAGCUCAAGCGGAUUUCCCAGGGUCCGGUGGACUCGAAGUCUGUACUGGCGAUUGAGUCCCAGUCUCGAUGGAAGAGAGCGCGAGAGAAGCUCGAUAGGUCGAACCUUGAGACGACGAUGCCUGGUUCUGACGCAGAGACAGAUGGCGAUGCCGUACGCGAGUUUCUAGAAAAAGAGGUUGAUAUCUUGGUCGAUGACAAGGAUUGGUACGCAAGGGAACUCGCGGAACCUACACAAGAAGGACUAUUUCUUGCCAAAGUCCUCGACUUUGUCUAUAAUCAGCUUCUCACACUUCAGGCUGUCCCACACAGCUUUAUGUUUCCCGAGCCUGACAUCCUCGACACUGAAGCCAUCCUCACAUUCCAUGUUGAUCCGCUCUGGGUUGAUACUCUCGUCGACGGCGCUUUGAGCAUCGGGAGCCACAGCACUGUGAAUGAAGACUACACCAGAAGCGAGAUUAAAUGGGCCAUCAACCUUUACCUUCGCAGGGUGGAGCUUCGGUACAAGCAUCCAAGGAUUCCUCGAUGGGGAGUCAUCAUUUGCGGCACGCUUCUCAAGACUUUUGACGAUCCUCGCGUCAGGACCGGGAGUUCUGAGGCACCAUCUCCUCAAUUCCUAGUGAAUAAGAAGCUCACUGAUAGAGCUUUGCUGCUCAUCUUCAACUGCAGGCCAUGCGACCUGCUUUCGGGGCUGACGAUAACUCAAGCGCCUCACCAGCAGUGCUUCGCUGUAGGCAAGAUCCUAGAGGCAAAAAGGAUUGAGAUUGAGCCAGUUGGUGUUCUUCCGGAGAAUUCCAAUACUGGUAUUGAAGACGUACAGGUUCCGCCCAUCGUGGAGGAACUAGGGUCAUCAAAGGCGUUCAACUUUCAGACGAGAUGUUUGAAUCCAUCCGAGGUCAUGAGAAUAUAUGUUCCGGCUGCUAAGAGCCAAGGGGGCGAUUAUCCUGCAACUGGAUCGUCUGCUCUUCUAUCCUUUGCAUUAGGCGAUAAGACUCAAGAGUUGUCUAUCACGAUGACAGGAGAUCAAGCUGAUGCAGGAAGAGAAAAACCACUAGAGCCGUUCCAGCUGAGUCUGAAGUCUCGCACAGAGGAGUCAAAAAACCUUACGGCCAUGAAUGUGACAAACCUGAAGCCCAGCGCUGGCUCUAUCAAGCUUGGAUUCAGGGCUUUCGAUAAGAAGGAGACGUUGGCAGUGAGGCCGAUGGUCGCUGAGAGCUCAGACAAAGCAACUCAUUUCUCUGUCCGCACUACGACGUCUACACAGGAGGUAUCUCAAGACGCUCAUACAAGCACCAUCAUGGCAUCUUGCAGGGUUUUGAAACAGCAUUCUUUAGACAAUGGAUCGCGAGUUGUUGAUCUAAUCGUUGUUCUGAACCCUACAGAAGUUGAGCCACUAAGCGGCGACAACUUCCAAGGAAUCAAUGUGUCCUUCCCACUCGCUGAGCUGGUGGAUACAAAAGCAGUCACUCCACCAAGGGUAACAUUGUUUGGCCAGGAUUCUGCUCGCUGGGUGUCAGGCAACGCUUACGUUACGGGGGACAAACCCUGCUUCACUGUCAAGCUACGGCUGCGGGUACCAGAUCUGGCAAGGAAGGUAAACUUUGGGUUUCUUCUGAGCAAUGUCGUGCUUUCGGAUCAGAUUAGUGAUGAUGUCUCGGUUAGGGUCGAGGAGGAAUACGGCAUGGAAGGGCAUAAUCUGAGUGGCCGGGGGCCGCAGACAAGACUGGUAAAGCAGACAUGUUCGAUUGGAGGCCUCAAGAUCGCCGAGUAG